UCACUUUAUUGCACUGGGUCUUCUUGCACCUCUCUGGAUGUGCAGUUGUCAUCUCUGAAGUGGCCAGAGACGGUGUGCGCGCGCACAUGGCUACGGGUAAAGUGUUGUAUCCUUCAGUAUUCGUGGUGGACAGUAAAAUGAAGCCCCCUCCGCUGCCCCCCAAGCCGGGCCGUAGACAGCGGAAGGAUGUGAUCCAGACUCUUCUGGUGAUCCUGGUUUGUGUGGCACUGUGUGGCAUGGCUGUGGAGGCCUGCUUCAUCUACCAUCUGUUCACAUCAAAAGAAAACUCUACACUUCCAGUUGAACCACAGAUUGGCAUGAGAAAACAAGAGAAAGAACAUACUCUAACGCCCAAACAAAAACCGCUUGGAGAAAUGAAGCCAUCAAAACCAAUGGCACAACUGACAACUGGUCAGGAACCUGUAAAUGGAGUCGUGCUGUGGCAUGAGAAUCAUCAGUCCAUUCUUUACCAUGUCAAACACAAGGCAAAUGAGGGCAAACUCAUCAUAGAGAAAGAAGGAUAUUAUUCCAUCUACUCUAAGAUCAACUUCAAGGAGGACAACAUCAUAUUCAGCCACUCUGUAGUCUGGCAAACACAUCGAUAUGCAGGGAACGAGAUUCUGCUUCUCCAGUCCUCCAGGUUCCGUCCUAAACCCACGAGGUCCAGAACCAUCGACAACAGCUACCUAAGUGGGGUGUUUCAUCUGUACAAAGGAGAUGCUGUCUUUGUCAGGGUGAAAAACUGUACACUGGUGUUGUCUAAUGCUGCUGAGAACUACUUUGGUCUGUUCAUGGUUUAGAUGGAUUCUGCAAUCAGACUGUUUACAUCUCAGUAAUGUGCGAGUUCACAGCUAGAUCUGAUGGAAGAAUAAACUAUUAAUAAUCACAAUACUUAGUCUUCCUUUAAAUCUGUACCUUUCAAGUAAAAAACGAAAAACUGAAAACAAACUAGAUACUUAAAUAAGAAGGAAUCAAACUUUUUCUUGUUCUUUUAAGAUAAGACGUUCAUCGUAUAGGAUAGAUAUAUAGGACAGGAUAUUUCACUCUCUCUCUCUGUCUAUAUAUAUAUAUAUAUAUAUAUAUGUAUAUGUAUAUAUACACAGUAUAUACCUUGUAAUGUUUAAUAAUUUUAAUAAAAUAAUAAUAAUAAUUUUUUGAAGUGGUAAAUCAACCAAAGAAAUCAAAUCAAAAUAUCAUUUUCACACUUAUUUCUUUAUUUUACUUGUUUCUUUGUGAGUUAUUUCUGAAAUUUACUUACUAGUUUCUAUAUCUAUGUAUACUGUAUACUAUAGUGCGGCCAAAUGAUAAAUCGUAUCCAAAAAAUAAGUUUUUGUUUGC